AGGGACCACAAUUUCGUCCAAGGUAAGGCCGUCAACGCCCUCAAGAAAAAGCUCAAGAUGGGAGCCUACAAGUAUGUUGGUGAGCUGUACAAGAAGAAACAGUCGGAUAUCCUUCGUUUCCUGUUCCGGGUUCGAUGCUGGGAAUACCGCCAGCUCAACGUGAUCCACCGUGCCUCCCGUCCUUCCCGUCCCGACAAGGCCCGCCGCUUGGGUUACAAAGCCAAGCAGGGAUACGUUAUUUACCGUAUCCGUGUUCGACGAGGAAACCGCAAGAAGCCUGUCCCUAAGGGUGCUACCUACGGCAAGCCCGUUAGGCAGGGUGUGAACCACCUCAAGUUCCAGCGCAGUCUGCGAAGCACUGCUGAGGAGCGAGUGGGUCGUCGUUGUGGAAACUUGCGGGUCUUGAACUCGUACUGGGUGAACCAGGACGGUGUGUACAAGUACUACGAGGUUAUCUUGGUGGAUCCCAGCCACAAGGCGAUUCGCCGUGACCCCCGUAUCAACUGGAUUGCCAACCCCGUCCACAAGCGCCGGGAAGCUCGUGGUCUUACCGCCAUUGGCAAGAAAAACCGUGGUCUGGGCAAGGGUCAUCGCCACAACCAUGCACCACAGUACUCGACCUGGCUCAAGCACAACACCCUCAGCCUUCGUCGCUACCGGUGAUUUUGCUAUUCUUUAUAUUUACCAUCAUGCCUAUGUCGUACGGUUGCCUAUAAAAAUGCUACUGGUUCCAUGUUCCCAGA